CCAGGCCUCCGCCGAUUUCAUAUCGCACUGAGCACAAUAUCCCGCUCCUUUAAACCGCCUUCCUCAACCAACCCUCAACCGCUACAGCGGCGAUGGGUGGCGCAGCCGUAGCCGUUCCCAUUGCCUCCUCAUGAGAUUCAAAUUGAAACUUCUCUCUACGAAUUCCCUCGUCAACCACCACACAUCUCUCUACAAAAACCUUUCAAUGGCCACUCAAACCUUAAACACCUCCUCCACACAAAACCCUAACGACGAAUUCAACGACGACGACGACCGCCUCUGCUCCGCCGCCACCAUUACUUCACAAGAAGGAAAUGCGCCGCAGUUAUUUGAACUGAAUCGUGCGAACGGGUACUUGAAAGGGGAAUCGCGGAUUGAGAGAGCGUGGGCUCACUGGAAGAAGCUAGGAGAGCCGAAACUUAUAGUUGCGCCGAUGGUGGAUAACUCGGAGCUUCCAUUUCGUAUGCUGUGUCGAAAGUAUGGUGCUGAAGCUGCUUAUACGCCUAUGCUUCACUCCCGAAUUUUCAGUGAAACUGAGAAGUAUCGCUCUCUUGAAUUUACUACCUGCAAGGAGGACCGUCCACUUUUUGUUCAAUUCUGCGCAAAUGAUCCAGACAUUUUGCUAGAAGCAGCUCGAAGAGUAGAACCUUAUUGUGACUAUGUGGACAUCAACUUGGGGUGUCCCCAGCGCAUUGCAAGGCGAGGGAAUUAUGGUGCAUUCCUCAUGGAUAAUCUUCCUCUUGUCAAGUCUCUGGUAGAAAAGCUGGCUAACAAUCUUAAUGUUCCAGUGUCAUGCAAAAUCAGAAUUUUCCCAAAUUUGCAAGAUACACUUAGUUAUGCAAAGAUGUUAGAGGAAGCUGGUUGUUCUCUUUUAGCGGUGCAUGGCCGAACAAGGGAUGAAAAAGAUGGAAAGAAAUUCAGAGCCAAUUGGGAGGCCAUCAAGGCUGUUAGAAACGUUGUUAGAAUUCCUGUCCUUGCUAAUGGUGAUAUACGGCACAUGGAUGAUGUACAGAACUGCUUGGAUGAGACUGGUGCUGAUGGGGUACUGUCGGCAGAGUCUCUUCUUGAAAAUCCAGCACUGUUUGCAGGAUAUCGAACUGCUGAAUGGGGAUUGGGCAGUGCAGGAAUCAGGGAAGAUGGUAAGUUAGACCAGGCUGAGUUACUCAAAGAAUAUUUGGAGUUAUGUGAGAGAUAUCCAGUGCCAUGGAGAAUGAUCCGCUCCCAUGUGCACAAGAUGUUGGGAGAUUGGUUUAAGAUCCAGCCAAGCGUCAGAGAGGAUUUUAACAAACAAUCCAAACUCACCUUUGAAUUUCUUUAUGACCUGGUAAAUCGAUUAAGGGAACUUGGGGUGAGCAUACCACUUUAUGUGAAGGAGACCCGGGAGGAAGCAGCAUCUUCAAAUGGACACGUGGCAUAAAUUAUUCCUGUCUGUAAGUCGGAUGCUACCUAAGUGAAAUGCAAAAUAGAUCCUGUCAUUCUUUUUUCCAGAUUGAUUGCUGGUAAAGCAAAAUUAGAGAUUGUUUUCCUCACUAGGAUUGGCCAAAAUAGCAGGUAAAAAUGUAUCUUAACCCUUUGUGCUCAAAUUUUGUGUACUAAUCUGUUGUAUUCUAUGAGGACGAAACUUGAACUCCCGAAUUAUUGUAUUUCAAAUUUCGUUCUGAACUGAUUCUUUGGGAGAUUUC